AUUAUCUUUUCUUUCUUUCUUCCUCGGUCCUCCCUCCGCAUUUUCUGCUCGGAAAAUCCUCUCAGUUCUUCUCUGGUCGGGAGGAGAGCCCUUCGAUUGAGGCUGCCAAAGGUGUUUGAUUAAGCAAGGAGAUAUAGAUCUACCUUGAGUGAAGAAGAAGAAGAUGAUGAAUCGCUGCGUCUAUCAACAGUCCGUUUGCGAAGAGAUGAGCGCUUCUGCUUUGAACGCACUAGUUUGCCCUAAACCUCGUCGCAUCGUCACUCUAAAUUCAUCCACUAAUGGACAGAUCAAACCUCCGAGAUAUCAAACUAGUCAUCAAUUGAAGGCGGCUGAGGUUGAAGGAGGAAACGAGCUUUUUGAUUUUAUUCUCCCUAAGGGAAAUUUUGGUUCUGGAGUGGCUUCAUCGCCACCAUAUUUUUACGGAUCUCCUCCAAGCAGGACUUCCAAUCCAAUAACACAAGAUACUCGAUUUGUCAAUAACAUGUAUAGUAGUAGUCCAUUAUCAUCCCCUGCACAAACAAUGCUUGCAACAUCACCAUCUUCGUGUGGACGAAUGAAAUUUGUGCACAAACCGGCUGCCAAAAGGGUUGAGGGGUUCGAUUGCUUGAGCCGAGAUCUCGACAAUUGCAGCAUUUCAGCUGUAGCUUGAAGAUAAUGUUGAGGAUGGGGAUAAGGAUGAUUUACCCUUUCUUCUUGACAAUGUUGAGAAUGAAUCAAUGGUAAAAACUAAUGAGGUGAAAAAUUUUGGUUUCUUUGAGAAAAAAUGGAGAAAAGUUAAGUGUUUGUACAUAGUUGAAUGAUCAAUAUGGUCCAUUUACUAUGGUAAAUUUUUUUUUUUUUUUAGAUUUGGGGCCUAAGUUUUUUUUUUACUUACAAGUAAAAAUCUAGUAUGGUUGAGAAGCAUUUCAUUCUGGUUUAGAGAUUUAACAAUAAAGAAGGAGAUGAAGAUGAACUAUAUAUUUCAUUUUUUUUUCCAUUGUUAAAAAAAAUGUUUAGGGAUUGAAAGUGAUGUAUAUUCACUUUUUUUCUCUUUUUCA